AUGCCGACAUAUUUUCAAUUCACCCAGGGUACGGAAUCACGCGUCCGUCCCAACAGCGACGCCUCACCGCUCCUAGGACGAUACCGAGCCGUACCGACAGCACAGCAGGGAAGUCUACGGGUGGGGAGGAGAUCGAGUCGAUGGGGACUGUUCUCCGGCGGCGGCGGCGGCGGCGGCGGCGGUCCCUACAGCAGCUUACGCGCCGCCGGGUACGGAGCUGUCCUCGAUGCCGGGGGGUUCGGUGACGACGAUGACGACGACGACGACGGAGGCGACGUAGAUGACCUCGAUGAUCUGGAUGGUUCGGUCCGGGCCAGGCUCUGGAGACGAUGGGUCCUGGAUCUCUGGGUGAGGCCGAGGAAUGUCGCCGUCAAGAGGGUGGUUGAUCAUUGGUAUUCGCGCUAUGGGCUGUUGGUGUUUAUGCCUGCGUUGCUGACGAUUGCCUGGUGUGCGAUCCCUCUACCGCAGUACAGACUACCUGACGGCUACGGCGGUGACGGUGACGAUGGCGACGACGUGUCCGGUGGGGGCGACCGGACGCCUGGUCACGGGAGGGCGCGCGUGCAGGUCAACUUCUGGUUCUUCCUGUUCGUCUACUACGGGCUGUAUAACCUCACGGCUCUGAUCUGGAUAACCAAGCUGUUCAACCUGUAUAGUCUGAACUGGUGGCCGCAAUCCUUGGGCUUCCCGGCGACGGUGUCCCUGAUCGCCAUCGUGUCGCUCGCGGUCCCCAUACCGAUAUACUACAUGGACUCUACCCGCUUCCUGACGAUGCACAACACGGCGUGGAUAGCGUGGACAUUCAUCACCAUGGCACUCCCCGUCGCCAUCGCGCUCCUGAUCCUGCGCAACAACGAGCGUCACAUCGGCCUGCGCAGCACCCUCUCGGAGACGCAGCGCAUAUUCACGGCGUCGUGGUGGACGGGUGACGUCGACUCCAUGACCACGGCGUCCAUGGGCAGGUCCGGUCGGAGGAGACCGGCCGUCGCCGAGGACGGAUUCCUGAUCGACGACGACGACGACGGCCACUACUACUACGACGACGGCAGCUUGGCGGUCGUCGACGACCUCGACGCUCCCCCGCCGUCGCGCACGCGUGCCUCCCGUCGUGCGGCCGCCACAUCCAGGACCGGCCCGCCGCCGCCGCUGGCACUGGUAAAGUCUUGGUUCCCGGCCAGCUUCGUCCGCUUCCUCUGGUUCUGCGUCGCCCUGUUCGUAGGACUGAUGGCCUACGUCCUCGGCGAGGCCUACGCGGAGCUGUACCUGCGCACGCUGCCUCACAACAGCUUCGAGACGGUCAUCUACGUCUAUGGGUGGGUCGUGACGGUCCACCUGCUCGAUCUGCUGACUGGCUUCGUCAUUGGUGCGCGAGAGGGUGAGAGGGUCGGAAGUUAUCCUCUGAGCUGGGUGUUUAAACUAUACUUCAUGCUCACCUACCAGACCUACGUCCGAGCACUAUACGCCCGCCUCCGCUCCCCUCAGCAAUUCGUAGUCCUGCAGAUGCUGUCGUCGACGCGCCUCGUCAUCAUAACCCCCAUCAUGAUGACCAGCUUCUUCCACAGGAUUCUCGGUAUCCUCGGCCUCACGACGCUCAGCUACGCCACGUACCAGAAGCUGCAGACGCGCAACGUCUUCAUCCGCUUCCUCGCGGAGAACACGUCGAUGAUCGCCUUCCUGGGGAGCGUUCUCGUCCUGCACUUUGGCGUCAACAAGGACGUCUACCCUUACUUCUCGUUCGAUGGCAACGGCAACGCCAAUGACGGCGACGGUGAUCAGCGGCAGGACGGGUACUACGACUUCAACAUGAUCUUCUGGGCCUCGGGGGUGACGUGGGCCUGCGAGCUGGUUGCCAGCCUGAUCCUCCGUCUGCUCCUCCGUGGUCUGUUCGGCGUCGACGUCGGGCUCGAGGGCCGCGUUGACCUGGCUGUGUGGCCGGAGCUGCUGCCUACUUGUGUUGCCGUCACGCUGCACGUGUUGCAGAAUAUGCUGUUUUCCAUUAUCCGUCUGCGAUUUAGAGCUUGA